UAAACAUUGAGGCAACGAGACAUUCUUUGGAAACGGCAACGAGGCAGAGAGAAUUAUGGAAAUAUAGGGAGAUAUCUGCCGACCACAUCCAUGCCUGCGUUGGAAGCAAAUGUGUUAUUCAUUCAAGCUUUUCAAAGGGCUGCGAUCCGUCUCAUUCCUGACGCCGUUGGUGGGGGAUUCAAUUCCCUUGGCUCCCAGACGGCAGAUGAAUACGAGCUCGCGCCACUUUCAGUAAGAUUCCAAGCGGUGGAAACCUUGAAAGUAGCGACGAUGUUUCCUCCUCUUUCGCUUGUUGCGCUGUUCCUCGCCAUUGCAAGCACGCUUGUCUCGGGCGUUUCCUCCUCCAAACGUGCCGACACGUCAAAAAUCAUCUACCCCCAAAGCGGCGAUGGGAUAACCACCGGGAUUGACCUCGACAUUCGCUGGCAGUCUGCCUCUUCCGAAGACUCAGUCAGUAUCGAUCUUCGAAAAGGGCACCCGCAUAAUCUCACCAUGGUUCAUACAAUUACCAGUAAUACUCCCAAUAACGGCUCUUACUUCUGGCGAAGUCGUGAUGACAAAUUCCUUCGUGCUCUUUCUGCCAAAACGUUGCCGAAUGCGCCCAGCAGCGGCUGUGAUUAUCUAAUUGCCGUCCGCGAAGGGCAGCCUACUGUUUAUUCUGAUUAUUUUACAAUCUUGAAUCUGAAUGACGAUGGCCUGAAUCCGAACAUUCCCUGUCCUGGUAAACCUCCUCCAAACAAUGGGGGAGGUGGUGGAGGCGCUGGUAAUGGUGGUGAUGGGAAUAGUGGUGGAGGUCCGGGAAGCCAAAACAACCCUGGUGACGGUGUGAAAGGGUCCAAAUCCAAUGAUGGACGAGGUGUCACCACCGAUAUGCUUGGAGGUGCAGUUGGUGGAGCGGCCGUCGGCCUCCUGGUGAUCUUUGCAACUGUCCUUCUGUUUGGCCGACAAAGGAGCUGGUUUAUCAAUGAAGGGGAAAUUCAGCGACUGGUCGAGCAGAAAUUUUUGGAGCUUAAGCCAGUACUGGGUCCUAUUCAGCCUCCCCCAGCGCCACAUCUAGCUGGGCCUUACGAAUUUAGUGGUGAGCCUCAUGCUCACCAAUUGCCGGCAACACCUGCAGAAAAAUAA